AUGCCAAACAACAGUAUAGGAAAUGUAUCAAGCGCAGUACACCCGGAAGGCGGGCUCCGAGCAUGGUCCGUUGUAUUCGGAGCAUGGUGUGCCAUGAUUCCCUCCAUGGGCUUGCUGAAUAGCCUCGGUGUUCUGCAAGCCUGGAUUAGCACGCACCAGCUGAAGGACUACUCAGAAUCAGAGGUCGGCUGGAUCUUCGGUGCUUAUGGCUUCUUCCUUUUUCUUGGGGGAGCACAGUUUGGUCCUAUUCUCGAUACAUACGGACCGGAAUAUGUCAUCCUUCCCGGAUCGAUUGGGAUGGUCAUCUCCCUCAUCUGCUUCAGCUUCAGCCACGAAUACUAUCAGAUCUUCCUCUCGUUCAGUGUCCUUGGCGGUCUAUCAGCCUGUACCCUCUUCACGCCCACCGUCGCCGUAGUCGGUCAUUGGUUCAAUAUACGUCGUGGAUAUGCAACCGGUCUCGCCUGCACAGCUGGCGGGGUUGGGGGAGUAAUAAUCCCGGUUAUAAUUCUCUUCGCAGCGCCGAGGAUUGGGUUUGAUUGGUCGAUUCGGAUCAUCGCUCUCCUCUGUGUAGUAUUGCUAUCGAUGGCAUGUAUGCUUCUCAAGACAAGACUCCCGCCAAAUAAAACCAGAAGUGCAUCGAUUGAUUUCACGGCUUUGGGGGAUAUCAAGUAUGCAUCCGCUACUGUUGCUGUCUUCCUGACUGAAUUCGCCAUCUUCAUUCCCAUCACAUACAUCGCAUCAUACGCUGUUCACGUCGGCAUGAGCGAGACGAUGUCAUAUGCUAUCAUCGUCUUCCUGAACCUCGGUGCUAUUCCCGGUCGAUUUCUUCCCGGUUUGCUGUCUGAUCGGUUCGGACGGUUCAAUAUCAUGACACUCACGCUUUUUAUGUGUUUUGCUUUGACAUUGGCGAUCUGGUUAACGGCGGACAUGAUCUCACCGGAUAGCCUGGCUGCGAUUAUCUGCUACGCUGUCAUGUUUGGAUUCUGGAGUGGAGCAUCCAUCAGUCUUGCUCCGGUGUGUAUCUCGCACGUCUACGAGACACAAGACUACGGCAAGAGAAUCGGGACUUCAUAG